AUGGGAACCAGGUGCACCUGGGACAGUGCCUCGAGGUUUCUCCAGGGCCCUCCCAGGGGUGUCGGUGCCCUAAAUAUUCCAUCCAGGGGCAUCGUUGACCAGAGUGACCCUCCUAGGGGCGGCAGCGCCUCUUGGGACCCUCCCAAGGAUCCUACCAAGGGCCCCCAGGGGCCGUGUGGCACAGGACCAUCCCAGGGACGGCGGCGCCAUCACUGGCCGGGUAAGGGCACUGGAACCCUCAGGGGUGCACCCUGGGACAGUGGGGCUCCCAGGUUUCCUUCCAGGGACCCCUCCCAGGGGUGUCGGUGCCCCGAAGACCCAUCCAAGGGCAUCGUUGACCAGAGUGACCCUCCUAGGGGCGGCAGCGCCUCUUGGGACCCUCCCAAGGAUCCUACCAAGGGCCCCCAGGGGCCGUGUGGCACAGAUGUCCACCCCAGGGACCAUCCAGGGACGGCGCGCCACCACUGGCCGGGUAAGGGCACUGGAACCCUCAGGGGUGCACCCUGGGACAGUGGGGCUCCCGGGUUUCCUUCCGGGGACCCCUCCAGGGGUGUCAGUGCCCGAAUACCAUCCAGGGCAUCGUUGACCAGAGUGACCCUCCUAGGGGGCAGCGCCUCUUGGGACCCUCAGGAUCCUACCAAGGGCCCCCAGGGCCGUGUGCCUGGGCUGGCGGUGCCCCGAGACUCUUACAUGGGUGGUGGCGCUCUCUGGGACCCUAAAGGCUGCAGCAGCCAGGGAGCAUUCUUGCAGCAGUGGUACUCUCAGGGACCCUCCCAGGCGGUGUCGCCCGCACAGGCCCUAUGA